UACAUAUAAAAUGUAGGAACUCUUUAAUGGACGCCAUAGGACCAGUCACAGAUAUUGUGAAGGAUGUUGUACCUACAAUUAAGAAAUAUGUCAAGUAUCAGAUAUGUCACAAUGAUUAUGUCAAUGAAUUCAAAGAAAUGCAAACACAGCUGAAGCACCGACGGCAAGACAUUGAAAAAGGACUGCAUGCUCAGUUUAUGCAACCUGGGAAGAUUGCAAAGGAGGAAGUUGAAGCUUGGCUAGAGAAAGCGGACCAGGAAACUGCAGGAAAAGUGGUUGAAGAUCUAAUCUGCAAAGGGGGCUGUUUCACCUAUAUUUGCUCAUCAAGAAAGCUUGAUAAAAGGACUCAAUCACUGUGUGAAGGAAUAUUUAAGCAAGGAGAAAAGUACACUAGUGCUGGUGAGAGUUUGGUCGUAGAUACUCCCUCAAUUGAGUAUUGGGCAACACCCGGAAAGUUGGCAAGCAAGGAAGUUGAAGAUUGGUUGAAGAAAGUAGGCCAACAAAUUUCCAUAAAGGUUGAAGAUCUAAUCAACCAAGGGGGAUGCUCCUCUCCAUCCAACCUAAGGAAAAAAAUUGAAGAAUUGAAGCAAAUAUUUGAGCAAGGAGAAAAAUAUAUUAAUGCUGGUGAGAGUUUGGUCAUAAAUGAUCACUCAAUUGAGUAUUGCACUACUGUAUUCAGAGAAAGGCAAGAGCAGCUGAAGCUUCGACAGAAAGACAUUAAAGCAAAAUUGGAGAAUCAACUUAUGCAGCCUGGAAAGAUUGCAAGCAUGGAAGUUAAAGACUGGUUUAAGAAAGCAAAUCAACAUAUUGCCAUAAAGGUUGAAGAUUUGAUCAGCCAAGGGGAAUGUUCCUCAUCAACUAACCUCAAGAAAAACACUGAAGAAUUGAAGCAAAUACUUGAGGAAGGAAAAGAAUUCACUAAUUCUGUUGUGAGUUUGGUCAUAGAUGAUCACUCAAUCAGAGGAGUUCCACUCCUUGUUGACAAAUGUAGUGGCAGGGAUGAUAUACAACGUCAAAUUCUUGAAUGGUUGAAGGGAGACAAGGAUACAAGAAUUGCAGUUUGCGGAAUGGGCGGUGUGGGCAAGACAACAAUUAUGAAGCAAGUCCACAACCAACUCUUGAAAGAACCCAUGUUUAACAAAGUUAUUUGGGUAAAAGUGUCAAAAUACUUUGAAAUUAUUGUCCAGCACAAAAAGAAUUUUGAUAUUCUCGAGUUUCAGAAAAGGAUUGCAAAUAGCUUGGCCUUAAAACUAGAGAAGGAGGAUGAAAAAAAUGAAACCAAGCUUGCAGGAUUGAUUUCACAAAAGUUGGGGGAAGGCAAGUUCUUGCUAAUUCUGGAUGAUGUGUGGGAGCCAUUCUCUCUAGAAGACACUGGAAUUCCUAAUCUAGUUGGAAAUUAUGGUUGCAAGGUAGCGCUCACAACACGGUUACAACAUGUUGCUCGUGUAAUGGAUUGUGAGGUGAUCAUGGUGAAUCCUCUUCCAGCUAAUGCAGCAUCAGCAUUAUUCUUGGAGAAAGUUGGAAGUGAUGUGUUUUCAGAUGGCAAAAUUAAAAGAGAUAUAGAGCCAUUUUUGAAGCAAAUCUUGCAGAAAUGUGAUGGGGUACCCCUUGCUAUUGUGACAGUGGCAAAAUCAAUGAGAGGGAAAUCACUUCCUCGUCAUUGGCAGUUGGCACUUUCUGAAUUUAGUAAAUUUGAAAGCAUUAUUGAUUGUUUGAAAUUCAGUUAUAAAUGCCUAGAACCACAAUCCCAACAGUGUUUUCUAUAUUGUGCAUUAUAUCCUGAAGAUUAUGGAAUCUGGAAGGAAGAGUUAAUUGAGUACUGGAUUGAGGAGGGGCUUAUAUAUAAAGAAGGGAAAACUAGGGAGGUAAUGAAUUGGAAGGGUCAUGAUAUACUCGAUAAGCUGGUUGAUAGCUGCUUGUUGGAAUCAGUUGAAAAUAGCUACGAAGGAGAUCGUGUGAGUAUGCAUGAUCUUCUCCGAGAAAUGGCACUAGAAAUUAGUCAAUUUUUUGUGAAAGCUGGCAUUGCCUUGAAAAAGUUACCAGAAGAGGAUGAAUGGAGAGAUCAUUUGAAGGUUUCUUUAAUGAGGAAUCAUAUAAUAGAAAUUCCUUCAAGCAUGUUGUCUCCAAAGUGUCCUAUGCUCACAACCUUGCUAUUGUCCUAUAACAAUAUUUCAACAAUUCCAGAAGCUUUUUUUGAGCAUAUGCUUGGGCUCAAGAUUCUUGAUCUUUCCUGGAAUAGGAGGCUAAGUGGGUUGCCGGGUUCUAUUUCCAAAUUGAAGAAGCUUACCACAUUAUUGCUAAAGGGUUGUGAGUCCAUAAGAGAGGUACCGCUUGUAUUCAACCUUGUAGACUUAAAAAAGUUGGACCUUUCAUGGACAUCAAUUGAAGAACUAUCCCAAGGCCUCAACAUGUUAACAAAUCUAAAAUAUCUUGGUCUUGGUGGAAGAUUAUCCGAAACACUUGAUGAAGUGCUACAAAAUCUCUCCAAACUUCAGCAUUUAACAGUAAAUACCUACAAAAAAUUUAAAUGGGAGAAGAUUGGAAGCUGGGGGAAGCUUCAAAACCUUGAGAAGCUGGAUCUUCAGAGUUUGGAUAAUUCGAAUGCAGUGUUUGGGGAAAUAGGAGCAGUUGCUGAGUUAGCACCGCUACCAGCUAGCACAUUUUCCUAUCUUCAAUAUAUUAGUGUUCAUAGAUGUGAUAAAAUAAAGAAGUUAUUCUCAGUUAGGUGGUUAGGGUAUCUCCAGAAACUAGAGACUAUUGAUGUUGGCUCUUGUAUGCAACUGGAGGAGAUAAUAGGGUCUGAAUCUGAAGGAGAAAAAGUCACUUUACCCAAGUUAGAAAGCUUGACAUUGAUCAAAUUGCCCCAGUUAAAGAGCAUCUACUGCGGUUCUUUGAUUUGUGAUUCCAUUAAGAAGAUUGAAAUUCAACAAUGCAAUAAUAUAGAAAGUGUUUUUGGGUCGGGGUUCAACCCACUUCCAAAUCUUGAAUCUCUGUGGCUUUUGGGUUUAAAGAAUUUGAAAUCCUUGUUUGAUGAAGAAGGUCUUGGUUUAUCGCCACUUGUACCUCCCACAAGCUUUUUCUCUCUUAAAGAAAUUACCAUUUAUUUGUGUCAUCAGUUAAAGAAGGUAUUCUCAUCUAGUUGGCUUCUCCGCUACUUCCAAUCUCUAGAGACUAUUGAGGUUGAUAUGUGUUGGGAAAUGGAGGAGAUAAUAUCGUCAUCGGCACAUGAAGAAGAAAAAGUCACUCUACCCAAGUUACAAGACUUGAAAUUGACAAAUUUACCCCAAUUGAAGAGAAUCUAUAGUGGUUCUUUGAUUUGUGAUUCCAUCAAGAAGAUUGAAAUUUUUAAUUGCGAAAAUAUAGAGAGUGUUUUUUGGUCAGGGUUCAACCCACUUCCAAAUCUUGAAUAUCUAGAACUUAACUGUUUACCGCAUCUGAAAUCCGUGUUUGAUGAAGAAAGUCUUGGUUUAUCGCCACUUGUACCUCCCACAAGCUUUUUCCCUCUUAAAGGAAUUCGGGUUUUUGUGUGUAAUCAAUUAAAGAAGGUAUUCUCAUCUGGAUGGCUGCUUCGCUACUUCCAAUCUCUAGAGACUAUUGAGGUUCAAUGGUGUUGGCAAAUGGAGGAGCUGAUAUCGUUAUCGGCACAUGAAGAAGAAAAAGUCACUCUACCCAAGUUACAAAGCUUGAAAUUGAGGGGUUUGUGGGGAUUGAAGAGCAUCUGCAAUCAUUCCGAUGUGUUGAUUUGUGAUUCCAUCCAAAGACUAGAAAUUACCUACUGUAAGGAGCUAAAAAGGAUUCCUCUUAAUUGUCCCCUGCUUGAUAAUGCCCAAUCAUCUUAUCCUCCUUUCCUCAAAUAAGUUGUGGUAUACUCAAAAGAAUGGUGGGAAUCAUUGGAAUGGGAAUAUCCCAAUGCAAAAGACAUCCUUUUACCCUCAUGUAAAUUUUAGUAGUGGUAAGGCUGCAAAUGUAAGCCUUUUAAUCUUCAAUUUUCCAUUUCUGAUUCAACUUAAUAUGAGUUUUCCAUUCUUAAUAAAUCUCUCUCUCUCUCAUCUAUUCUAUUCUCCCCAAUUGGUAGCAAUUGGGAUUUGGCUUUGUAACCACAAGAAAGUUGGAGGAAAUCACAUAUGCACUAGUUGUUGUUGCUCUUGGGUUUUCACUUUUAUAUAAUCUUUGUUUUCAUUUUGCUCUGUGUCUAUUGUGUGUUUAAAUAUGUCCAAUUCUAGUGGAAAAUUGGAAAUGUUUGUUUCUUUAUUAUCUGUAUAAUGUUGUUUUUGAAAUUGUGGGCCAAAAAACUUGAAACUGUAUUUGCUUUUCUUGUGAUACCUAUUUUAGUUGAUUGCAUUUGCAUCUCUUUUCCAAUUUAAUUCAGCAACAUUAUCAUCCUCAACAACAACAUUAUCUUCUCAGAACCGCCAAAAAAGGACUAGCAUUCAGGUCAAAAUACAUUUCUCUUCUUUUCUUUUGCCUUUUUUAAUUAAUUAUUUUGUUUUGUUUUCUGAUUGCAUGGUCUGAAUAUGUCUCAUUAGCUGAAGUAAAUUAUUGGUUAAACA